UUACGUUCUACUAGUUGUACMGUACCCGCUCUGCCSCUGGGUUCUGAUCGAGGUUUCUGUUUUCUGCUUCAUCACAUCAUAUUGCUGUUAGGGUAGUUUAGUAUCAAUAGCUAGACUUCCUAAACAUUCGUCAUCACCAUGAAGAUUUCGAGCGUUGCCCUCUUGGCCUUUGUGGCCGUGGAGAGAGCGAAUCCCGCUUUCUCGUUUGUGACUCCUAGUAAUAAUGCUGGCGCCACUAGGAGCGGUGUUCGUUCUCUGGCCGUAGACAUGGCAGCGGAAACCGACGUUAGCUCGUCGGAUGUGUCUAUUCCRUAUGAUGCGGCUGCCGAGUUGGCGUACAAAGAUUGGAUAUCCAAAUUCGAUAAGCCRUAUGAUGCAGAGCGGUACAAUGUUUUCCUCAGUAAUUACAAAGCCAUCACGGUGAUGAACAUCUCGGCCAAAAAGAAGGCUCGAGAAGACCCCGAGAGCGGAAGCCCCUCUCUUUUGUCUCUCAACGAAUAUGCCGAUUGCACUGCUGAAGAAUAUGCGGCCGCAAUGAGUGGCGAUUCUAAGCCUUCUGCGGAUGAAUCUUCCAGCGAUGCUGAAGAAUCACCAGCAUCCACGGGAAACAUCUUGGGAGACGCUGUCAAGGCAGUUGAAUCGCAAGCCUCUGCUUCAUCUGCUUUGCAGGAAGCUGCUGAUGCACUGGAAGCCGAGGAAGAGGUAAGUAGUAAUGAUAUCGCUAGACCAAUUUGAAUGCUUUCCACUGCCCUUUUUUGUKGCAACAUCGACCGUUUUCCGUGGUUUCGAGAAGAUGGGUGGUCAACAGAUGAGUACUUGUUUUUUUUCAAUCUUCUUGCAUCUCACGUGUCUCUUGCGUGUCCUGAAUCGAUAUUUUCAAAACAAAAGAAAUUGGCCGCCCAGCUUGGUUUGGACAGUGUCGAAGAAUUGGAAGACGCUAUGGACUUCCUUGAGGGUAUUGAUUCCGAAGGGGUUGAAAUGGACGAUGGCGAUAUGGCUCGAGAAGCACGAGUACGAUCAGCGUAYAUGGACUGGUGCAAGGAAUUCAGUAAGGAAUCCGACGAAACUCGCUUCAAACAAUUUUUCAAGAACUUUUUGGAAAUGGAAGAUUUCGCGAAAGAAACAGGAAAGGAAAUGAUCCUGAACGAGUUCGCUGAUUUCACGGAAGCCGAGUACGUUGCCAUGCAAAAUGGAGAGACACCAGAAGUAGAAGCCGUAGAAAAGGUAGAAGAGAUCGUAAUCGAAGAGGAGGUUGAAGAGAUUGUGGUCGAAGAGGAGGUUGAAGAGAUUGUGGUCGAAGAGGAGGUUGAAGAGAUUGUGGUCGAAGAGAAGGCCGAGGACGAAGAAGUGUCUAAAGCUGCUGCCAAGGCCGCUGCCUUAGCAAAGGCUGCCGAGGAAGCCGCGAAGGCAGCUGCCGAAGCCAUGGCUGCAGCCGAAGCCGCUGCUAAGGCUGCCGCCGAACARAAGGCCGCCGACGAAGCUGCYGCCAAKGUUGCUGCCGAARAGAAGGCUGUUGAAGAUGCCGAAGCGAAGGCAGAARCAGAAAAGGCCGCCGCUAUUCAGGCCGAGAAAGACGCRGCUGCAAAAGCUAUUGCCGACAAGGAAGCUGCCAUCCAAGCCGAGAAAGAUGCCGCUGCAAAGGCUAUCGCCGACAAGCAAGCCGCAAUCAAGGCUGAAAGGGAAGCAAGGAUUAAGGCCGAGGAAGAUAGGAAAGCUGCCAUGCRGGCCGAGAAAGGUAAGUCGGUCAAUGCGCAGAGAACGCAACGGACGCUCUCACAGCAACGAYGGUACAGUUUGAAAACAAAACAUUCAGCUCAACAUUCAUAGCUAACGCGGCAACUUUGGAUGAUUAUUUUUUUGUUAUGCAUUUUUGUGCAAAUGUACAGCUCGUCUUGCUGCUAUGACUGAYGAAGAACGACGAAAAGAAAUUGAGAAGGGAAUUGCUGCWCGCCAGAGUGCGCAAGCGAAGGAAAUYGAAAAGGCUGCUGCGGCUCGUGAAGCAGAAGUCAUCGCAGCAAACUUGGCGGCUGCCAAGCUUGAGGCGGAAAAAGCUGCUGCYGCUCGCGCCAUCCAGGAUGAGGCCGGUGAGAUCGCACGCGCCAAAGCACAGGAAUGGGAAGAAAAGCAAGCGAAACUCAACAAAGGUAGACAAACUGUUGCGAAACUACCGACUCCCCCUCAAAAAGCCCCCCCUCARAAGCCGGCAACACCAGUAGCGGCAAAAGCCUCSAAACCAAGACCCACGCUGAAURUUGGAUCUUUCUUCGSAACUCCCGAAAAGGCAAAACCAGCCGCCCCCAAGGCCAAGACUGUGGCUCCUACCGCACCAAAGGUAGCACCACCGAAAAAGGAUCCUCCGGCACAAAAAGCUAUCAAGACUUCCAAGCCCCGACCAACAUUCAGUUUGGCAGGUCUUUUUGACAGCAGCAAGGCAGCUCCUGCUCCYAAGAAAAAGGAAGCUCCAAAGCCAGUCGCGAAGAAACCAGUUGUCCAAAAAGCUGCACCAGUGGCGAAGAAACCAGUUGUGACCACUCCAACCCCAGCGCCCAAAUCAGAACCACGGCCCACGUUGAGUUUGUCUUCCCUAUUCGAAUCAAAGCCUGCUGCGCCUAAGAARGCCCCUGCGCCAGCACCUGUUAAGGCUSCAUCAAAACCUGCACCCGCUCCCGCUAUGUUUAMAUUCAACAAACCGGCUGCRAAGAAGGCUCCCACACCAGCACCCGCCCCUGCAAUUGUGAAGAAGACCCCUGCCCCCGCCUUCUCGUUCUUCGGAAGCAAACCGGCCCCWAARAAGGCCCCGGCACCGGCUCCUACCCCGCAGCCCGUGAAGAAGGCACCUGCACCUGCUUUCUCAUUUUUUGGAAGCAAACCGGCAUCCAAAAAGGCCCCCGCGCCGGCCCCUGCACCCGAACCURUGAAAAAGCAACCCGCACCCACCUUCUCYUUCUUCGGAAGCAAGCCAGCACCCAAGAAGGCUCCUGUCCCUCCACCUGCUASUGCACCGGCCAAGAAACCAGUGAACUCUUUCUUCAACGCUCCGAAGCCUGCGGCGAAAAAGCCGGUGGCCAAGAAGCCUGUUGCGAAGACACCUGUCGCCAAGAAGCCUGUCGUGAAGAAGGCCGCUAAACCAAGUCCUACUCUAUCUCUGUUUGGAUCGAAAGCCAAAGCAAAACCUGCGCCUGCCCCUGCACCCGARCCCGCUGCAGCACCCAAGAAGUCUUCCAGCUGGUUUGGUUCACCAAAGCCUGCGGCCAAGAAACCUGUAGCUGAAAAACCUGCUGCACCGGUCAAAUCAACGCCCAAGCCGCGCUCGACUCUGUCCCUAUUCGGAUCAAAAGCAAAGAAGCCCGAGCCUAAACCCGAGCCUACGCCUGAACCGAAGAAAGCUGCAUCCGGCUUCUCCUUUUUUGGAGGUGCCAGUCAAACGAAGCCUGCUCCUAAGAAGGCAGCUCCUGCAAAGAGCAAGGUUGCCCCHAAGAAGGCAGCACCUGUAAAGGAUUCCAUUCCUGUCCUAUCGAAAUGGGUACAAAACGCUGAUGGCUCCAUCACUGGGUUGGUAAGUAACUCCGAUAGUUUCCGAACCGGCACGAAAAUCACAACAUCGCCUGUCCGUAAGGGCGCCCAGGGCGGAACUAUCGUAAAAACUGGAUCUGGAAGCCAAUAUCGAUUGAACUAGAUAUCGAAUUGCAAUGAUUGAGUCGAUGUUAUUAUUCCUUAUUUGUCAUCGGAUGAACUAUUAAAUAAUGUAAAAAAUCUAGAACGAUGACUGAUAUGAUCUAAGAUGUUGACAGAAAGCUAUUACGCGAGUAGCAUUCCAUGGUACACCUUUGAGGUGCUCCACCCRCCCAUUUUAUAGUUCCUUAGGUACUGUAGAUGUUUUAUGUGUGAAUCUAACUCCAAAAUAAAUGAAAUCAACACUA